AAUUUGGGAUCCGUCUAUAAAUUCGGAUCCAAAAUGGCAACCUCUUGCGUUCUUGUUUGUUCGUUGAGUUGAUUUGUGGUUUCGCAUCUCAUACUGUCUACUAUUAAAUUCUGCGGUAGUUGUAAUUACGAUUAGGUUAGAUUCGAUUCUCACAAUGGCUGGAGAAGUUGUUGUAGAUGCUCUUCCUUACGUUGAUCACGAGUACGAUGAACCCGGCGUACGAGAAGCGGCAUUGGAGUUGGUAGAAGAAGAAACUAGGCGAUAUAGACCCACCAAGAAUUAUCUUGAUUAUCUUCCAACAUCAAAUUAUGAAAUGUUUGAGACACCUGUAAUGAAGAAUGAGUUUGAAAGACUGUCAGCUCGAUUACCUAUGGAUAUACUCAGCAUGAAACGAUAUGAAUUACCACAGCCCCCAGCUGGCAAGACCACAGAUGUGGCUGCAUGGCAAGAGUGUGUACAGAACUCAUGUGCCCAGCUCAACCAUCAGGCAAUAAGGGUAGCAAACCUGGAAAUGAUGGCCAAUUAUGGGACAAAUUCAUGGAAACUUUACAACAGUGUGCUUGUCAACUUAGUGGACAAACAGCAAAAGCAUCUCCAGGAAGUCAAGAAAUUAAUCCAAGAAGUCAACUGGUCAAGAAAGCAAGACCAAACAAAGGCUGGCGAGAAACUCAAAGAGUUGGAGUCAAGUUGGGUUGGCUUGGUAUCGAAAAAUUACGAGAUAGAGCAGGCUUGCGCACAGCUAGAGAAAGAACUGUACGAACUCCAGGAAGGACCUCUACCAAAGAAAAUGCGCUUUGACACAUAAUGCACGAUAGCAUCUAGCCACUGUGGGCCCAGUCACUGGUACUUGUAAAAUUUUGUUUACUUUGUACAUUUUCAACAUUCAAGUGGGUUUGUUCUUGUAUGAUAUCAGUGGGCUAGCAUUAGCAGAAGGGCAUAUAUAUAAAAUUCGAGUUUAUUGGGUUAAUUAUUACAGGACUGAUGACAACACAUUAUCGUCAUCGUGUUUAUUGCAACGUAACAGUGACAAUUUCCUCAGUUAUAUUGUCAACUAAAUAGAAUAAUUUCUGGACAAGUGAUUGCAUGAGCUUAGUACUAUUAAUUGUACAGUAACAAGUAAAGCAAUUUCUGUACGAAUUUUAUAAUGGAAAUGAUCAAUUGGAAUUAUAAUCAAUUGCAAAACGUGGUUUGCAUUCGACGGUUUAUCUGGAACACUUGUACAUUACUUAUAAAAUGCAGGACAGUACUUGAUAAUAAUCAAUUAAUCAUGUCUAAACGUUUCAUCUCUGAUCACAUAAGUGUUACAAAAUAUUUGAUAGUAUUUACCUGAUAGAUUUCUGUAAUGUUCAGUGUAUGUAAACGACUAUCUUGUAUUAAAAAUUAUUUUUUAACUGU